AUGAAUCCAGCGCAGCUCCAAGAGUGCGAAACGUGUCAUCAGCGAUUCCCUUCUCACCUCUUCGAGGACGAAACACAAUGCAAAUUCUGCUCGCAUGACCGCAAAUCGAAGGGAGUCGACGCGGAUCUGCUUCCUUUCGCCUGCCGAACGCUGUACAACUUCACCUCCGCGGAGAUUUCGCUCUUCCUGCAGUUUUUGAUGAUGCACCAAUCGCUCGCCACGCUGCUGGACGCGCGUUGGAACGAGCUGGAGCGUCUCGCGUACGACUUGGAGUACAGCAGCGUGCAGCAGCUCAUCAAAGUCGACGUUCUCUACUGGCUGCACCACGCAGACAAGCAGGGCAAGAAGCUCGCCAAGGAGAAGAACCUUCUGCUCAAGAUUCGCGAAGUGGUGUGCGACUGGCUCGGCCAGAUGCCUCCCAACCCUUCCAAAGAGUACAAACUGCGGUCCAAGCAGCGCGGCGAACUCGCUGUGGCGUGCAUUCAGCGAACCGUGCCGCUCAGCAUGUGCCAAAACCAGACCAUCGUUUUGAACUCGCUUCUCUCCGUUCUCGCCGAUCCCGCGGCCACCGCCGUCGUCCAGAAGUUCUUCCCCCGCGGAACUCUCCUCCAAAAUGGCGAUCUGGAUCGGAUUCGCGAGCAUUUGGAGCUAGUGGAGAGUUGCUCGCAGCUCACCGCGUCGAAUCUGUUUCGCGAGCAGUUCGUUUCGCUGUCCUUCCUGGGAAUCGAAGAGCGAUUGGCGGAGCUGGCGCCGUCGUGGAGUUUCCCGCCCUCCCUCACGCUGCCUCGCAUUCUCCACAACUUCUGCAUGAAGAAGUGCGUGCAGAUCCCCGCGGAACUGCUCACACUGCCCCUCACGAUUCUCCACGACGCGUAUCUGCAUCAGCGGAAAACCACGGCGACGAGCUGGCUGUCGACGGAGUUGGAGCAGCGAAUCGGCGAUUCGGUGAACGACAUCGUUCGCAUUCUUUCGCAUCAACUCUACAAGGCCAGCAAGACGAUCGCCGCGCACGUGGCCCUUCCCGAGCCCAUCUCCAUCGAGAUUCGGCAGCUGAACGUCACGCUCACGCUCGCCGGGCGCUCCGUCAACCUCUACUCCGCGAUUCUCCAAGAACUCGCUCGCCUGUACGUCCAGAACGCCGCUUGGAUACUGGAAACCGAUUUGGCGUGCGUGUUCGCGCGAAUGGAGUGCUGCUCGCUCGACUACUCCAUCGAACUCCUCGCUCUCCUCUCGCUUCUCCGAGACACGCACUCCGUUCUCUCCGAAUUCGGUUCCUUCGAGCCGUUUUCCUCCAUGCUGCGUCGCCACUGCGGCUCCGACAAAGCGAUCGGCGGUUCCAACCGACUCACCUCCUGGAUCGACCGCCAGCUCGCCCAGCUCCUCGCUCAGUCCGAAUACGACGAGCGUCUCCAGCAGUUCUCCCCGCCCCUCUCUCCCACCGCCUUCCCCAAACACCCCUCCUACUGCCUCUACGCCUCGUCGGCCAUCCGCCAAGCCGUUCUGCCGCAGCCUCCGCCGCGCGCCAUUGGACUCGACCAGCUGCUCGCUCUCGACGCCGUCGCGCGGCUCUGCCACGUGCAGUGGCUCCCCUUCACGCUGGCGCGCGUGGAGGACUGGAUGGACCAGGCCUUCGGCGUGCUGCGCGCGCAGGUGGUCGCGUGUCCCGCGUUUUCCGUGCCGCGCGAAGAAGACGCCGCCGCGCAGUUCUACCAGAUGCGCAAGGCGAUGGCGCUGCCCGACGACACGCCGUUCGAGGGCAUCGUCGGGCUCUUCGUGCAGCUGGCCAAUGCCGCGCAGCUGCUUCGCCUCCUGGAGAACGCGGCAAACCGGCUUCGCCAAACGGACAGCGACGAAACGACCAGCGCGCUGCUGGCGGCGAUUCAAACCGCGUGCUCCGCGCAGUCUGCGCAGUCUCCAGCGAAGGGACUGGGCAUUGCCGAGUCGGUCGAGCAAAGCCUGCGAGGGCGAUUGAAUGAGCGGACGAUGGAGGUGGCGUGGCGCGUGCCUUUGUUCGCGAAAGCGGCGCAGAUGCUGUCGCAGGACGAUUUGUUCUGCGAGAAAUUGCCGCUUUUUGCGGAUCGAUUUGUGGUGACGCUGUUUGGGAAGCUGGAGGAGUGGGAGAAAGCGAACGUGGAGAGCGUGAUGGGGACGGUGGUGAGCGUGCUGACGUUCUUGCUGAUCGUGACGCGCUGCGAGCUGCAGUUUUUCGAUGGAGGGGAGUGCAUGAAGUUUGUGGCGGAUUGCACGGAGAAGGCGGUGAGCGAGGACAAAACGGUGAAUCAGCACGUGAAGAACUUCGUGGGGUUCGUGGUGUCGCUGCUGAACUCGAUCGCUGCGAGUAGCGAGUGGCGCGUGUUCCAGCAAGUGGCGGAGGACAUCUACACGGAGUACGCGGUGCAGGAGGACUGGAGCUACCACUCGGAAGUGGUGAUUCCUUCCUAUGUAAGCGCGGUGGGUUGCAAUGAACUGCAGAUGUGUCUGGUGCAAUCCGCGGAAGCCCAAACGCCUCGUGUGUCUAUCUAG